ACCUCACUCCUGAACCAUCGCGCUCUCUACGACCAUGCCAUCCACCAAAGCACCCCCUUCCGAUUCCAAACUCUCUCAGCCACUCCAAGUCGGGGACAUUGGUCUGCUGGGCCACAGGAUAGUGAUGGCACCUCUCACCCGCUACCGUGCCAACUCGGCACACGUCCACACGGACGACCUCGCGCUGCCCUAUUACACUCAACGCGCAUCUGUUCCUGGGACAUUAAUCGUGUCUGAGGGAACUUUCAUAGCUCCGAGAGCUGGUGGAUUCGCGAAUGUGCCUGGAAUCUGGUCGGAUGAGCAGUGUGCUGCUUGGAAGAAGAUCACAGACUCCGUACACUCUAAAGGCUCAUUCAUCGUCAUUCAACUAUGGGCAAUCGGACGCGCCGCCGAUCCUUCCCAACUCGUCUCCGAAGACCCGUCUUUCAAAGACGCCUACAUCAGCGCCGGCGACGUCCAACUCACUGGUCAACCGAUUCCGCCACGCCCUCUGACCGUGCCUGAGAUCAAGGAGUAUGUGGACUGGUAUGCGAAGGCGGCGGAGAAUGCGGUGAAGAAGGCGGGGUUCGAUGGGGUUGAGGUACAUGGGGCGCACGGGUAUUUGGUGGAUCAGUUCUUGCAGGAUAGGACGAACAAUAGGACUGAUGAGUAUGGUGGAACCAUAGAGAAUAGGUCACGGUUCGGGCUGGAGGUUAUCGAGGCUGUUACGAAUGCGGUUGGACAAGGAAGGGUCGGCAUCCGAUUGAGUCCAUGGUCGACUUUCCAGGAGAUGCGGAUGGAGGACCCCAAACCUCAGUUUUCCCACUUUGUGACUCAAAUCCAAGAGCGUUACCCCGACUUCGGCUUCAUUCACGUCGUGGAACCCCGUGUAGCCGGAAACAUCGACCGCAUUCCUAGCGAUGGGGAAUCGAACGACUUUCUCCGCGAGAUCUGGGGCUCGAAGCCAUACAUCGCCGCAGGUGGGUUUUCGGCUGAAGAUGCUGUCAAGGUCGCAGAGGAGAAGGGCGGGUUGGUCGCGUUUGGGAGGCAUUUCAUCUCUAAUCCCGACCUCCCAUUCCGAGUCAGAAAAGGCAUCCCGUUCACGACGUACAACCGUUCGACGUUUUACGUCGUUGGAUCCACUACCGGGUAUCUCGACUAUCCCUUCUCUGAAGAGUUUGAGAAGGAGCUGAAUGGCCAUGGGAAUGGUGUCGGCAACGGCGCUCAUAUGUUAGUGAAAACUCGGAACUUUUUACGAAAGCUCUUUGGCUGAUUGAGCAGAUUUUCUGCCAACAAGGACUAAUGGGAACGCGGAUGCGAAACACUAAAUACUGAAGAUUAGGUUACAGAAUUGAGUUAUGCAAUGUACCACUGUAGAGAGAUGUUUUGUUUGCAUAUAAAUUGUCGU